AUGGGAAAAACCUCUCGCAAGCAGAGGAGGGAAAGAACAACCUUUUCCCAGGCUCAGCUGAAGGUCCUAGAGGACCUGUUUCACCAAAACCGGUACCCUGACAUCUUCAUGAGGGAGGAGGUGGCCCUGAAGAUCAACCUGCCUGAAGUCAGAGUGCAGGUUUGGUUCAAAAACCGCAGAGCAAAGCACCGGCAAAUCUUCACAUCGACCUCCAUCGUCCCCGGAGCUCCUCCCACAUCCAUCUGGAGCCAGACUGAGGCUCCGCCUCCCCUCUGCCUGCGCCAUGCGCCCAGCUCCUGCUCUCCACAGGCACAGCUGCCCCCCAUCUCCAGCGGAGCUUCCAGCCGUCUCAGCCCGCCUCGUUCCUCUGCUGGUGAAGACUCCCAGGAACAUGGAGAGCGAACGUCCUGUGAGCUCAGGUCCAGCUGGGGUCAAACAGACAAAGCAGCGUUGACUUUUCAGCUGUUUGGCUAAUUUAAACUCCUUCAGUUCUGAUGAAUUUGAGGUUAAUG